UCUUCUCAAUAUUGACCUCUGAGAUGGUUGUUGCCUGUUUUACGAUCGUUAAAACCUUUCCUUGCAAAGUAGGGAUUUUGUUUUUUAAGUUUUUUUUUCUUUUAGAUUUUUCUUUUGACAUUAUUCAUUCAGAAACUAGUGCAAUUUAAAUGAUAUUCCUUAUUUUAUUUUGAGCCGAACUGUCAUGUCUUUAAACAACAUCGUGAAAGACUUACGCACUGCCCGUGCUUGUCUAGUUUGUUCCCUUAUAAAGAAUUUUGAACAGUUCGAGUUCGAUGGAUGUGAUAACUGUGAAGAGUUCCUCAAGUUGAAGAACAACAGAGAAAACAUCAUCGAAUGUACCAGUAGUAAUUUCAAUGGCAUAAUUGCCGUCAUGUCUCCGCAAGAUAGCUGGGUUGCCAAAUGGCAAGAUCGAUUUACUAGAGGUAUAUACGCCAUUUCUGUCGCCGGCAAACUUCCCCACAACGUCAUCAGAGAUAUGAAAAGCCGUGGGAUUACAUACCGAAUUCGAGAUACCAGCCAAAAAUAAACUGUGUUCUUAUAAAAUUUGUAAUUUAAGAGUUUUGAAGCUAUAUAACAAUUCCAGUAAAGGAAAGGUUAAUGUUUCAAUUUGUAAUUUUAAACGAUAAAAAUUAUACAUAUGGAAACCUCUUCUUUCAUCUUUCCAAACUGCAGUAAUUCAAGUUAAUGAAAUUUGACUAAAAAUGCAAGCAAAUAGAUGUUCAGUUUUUACUUUUAAGUGACAUUUUUGUUUUAUAUUUCCCAAUUAUUUUUAUUGUUUUAAUACAUAGAUAAAUCAAAAUGUCUGUAGAAGUUAAUGAAUGUUUCUGGUCAAAAGAUGAAGAACGCAAGGUGAAAAGAACCUCUAGAUAUGUAUUUAUUUUAAACCAAUUUUUUAUUUAAUAAAAUAAUUUAUCAACAACUUU